AGAAGGUGGGGAUUGAACCAGGAAUCUUUUAUGUUGCUGGCGCAGCCACUCUCCCACCUUGCCACGCUGUCCCCAAUGACUUUUCUGUUAUGUUUGAUUAUCCAUCCAUCCAUUUUCUACCGCUUAUUCCCUUUCGGGGUCGCGGGUAUUAGCCGUUUUGAAACAAUUAAGGUACGGGCGGAGAACUUCUUUAUUCUGAGGAGGAAACCAGUAGAGGGUUAUGAUAUCAGCUUCUUGAUCACCCACUUCCACACGGAGCAGAUGUACAAACACAAGCUGGUGGACUUUGUCAUCCAUUUCAUGGAGGAGAUCGACAAGGAAAUUAGCAAGAUGAAGUUGUCCGUUAAUGCCAGAGCUCGUAUUGACGCCGAGGAGUUCCUCAAGAAUUUCUGACGACCGCCUCCACACGCAAGCACGCAAAGUCUGUAACGGCCAAUCAGGAUUGAGGAACUUUGGGUGCACACAGCCAAUCAGUGAGGGAACAACAACGGAACAUGACCUACUCAGUGGUGAAACCCGCCUAUGUUUAUCUCUGUAGUCCUGCAUAUCAGUGACUGUAAAUAAAAAGUCACUUUCCUUAGCCCUUUCAAUUGUCUGCCACUUUGAACAAAUGCCCCAACAAACCAAGGCGUGUCCUUAAAGGGGAACAUUAUCACCAAACCUAUGCAAGCUUCAAUAUAUACCUUGAUGUUGCAGAAAAAAGACCAUGUAUUUUUUUUAACCGAUUUCCGAACUGGAAAUGGGUGAAUUUUCGCAAAUUAAACGCCUUUCUGUUUAUCGGUCUUUUAGCGAUGACGUCAGAACGUGACGUCACCGAGGUAAUACACCCGCCAUUUUCAUUUUCAAAACAUUACAAACAGCGGGUCUCAGCUCUGUUAUUUUCCGUUUUUUCGACUAUUUUUUGAAACCUUGGAGACAUCAUGCUUUGUCUGUGUGUUGUCGGAGGGUGUAACAACACUAACAUGGAGGGAUUCAAGUUGCACCACUGGCAAGAAAUCUGCCGCCAGACCCCCAUUGAAUUUGCCAGAGUGUCUGCACAUUUUACCAGCGAUGCUAAGGCAGACAUGGCACAGAGAUUUAUGGAUAACCUGCAGAUGCAUUGUCAACGAUUAAGUCAACGAAAUCACAAAGGUGAAUUUUGUUGAUGUUGUUGACUUAUGUGCUAAUCAGACAUAUUUGGUCGGGGCAUGACUGCCAGCUAAUCGAUGCUAACAUGCUACACUAAUCGAUGCUAACAUGCUAUUUACGCUAGCUGUAUGUACAUUUGAAACUAGAUACCCACAUUUAAUGCAAAACAAACACUUACCAAUCGACGGAUUUAAGUUGCUCCAGUGUCACAAGAUGCGAAAGUCCUGAUCGUUUGGUCCGCACAUUUUACCGGCAAUGCUAAUAAGGCAGCCAUGCUAUGGGCCACUUCAUUAGGUACACCCAUGCUAUGGCCGAAUAGCGUCAAUAGCUAUUCGCUCAAUAGCUUCAAUUUCGUUUUCCCUAUCUGCCUCCAUACUCCGACCAUCUGUUUCAAUACAUGCGUAAUCUGUUGAAUCGCUUAAACCGCUGAAAUCCGAGUCUGAAUCCGAGCUAAAGUCGCUAUAUCUUGCUUUGGUAACCACCAUGUUGUUUGUAUUGGCAGCCCUGUAUGACAUCACAGGGAAAUGGACAGUCGUAUAGCAAAUAGCGAAAAUCAAGAACUUUAAAGCUUUUUUUAGGGAUAUUCCGGGAGGUGUAAAAUUUAGAAAAAAAACUUCAAAAAAUAAAACAAGCCACUGGGAACUGAUUUUUAUUGUUUUUAACCCUUUUGAAAUUGUGAUAAUGUUCCCCUUUAAAACCUUUUAAACAUGCUGGUAUCCACGAAUACAGAGACUAGGAGUGUGUUCAAAUGCAAUUAAAUAGAUGUUAAUAUUGUAUGUCAGUCUGUCUGCCAUCAGUGUCAAUUUUGUCUUCAAAUUCACACAUGUGGAAAGAAAUUAGUCCCCAAAAUGAAUGUGUAAAGUUAAUAAAAUUCCAAGUGUUUCUAAAAAUAAAUAAAAAAAUUAAGGUACGUAAAUAUCUAAUUUCACAAAAUACCGGUGUAUAUCUGUGGGUUAUAGUCCGGUGCAGCUAAUGUAUGAAAAUCUAUUUUUUUCCGAAGAUUGCUGGUUGCCACUUAUAUAUCCGUGAAGCUUACAGUCUGGAAACUUCGGUACUUCCACUUUACAAUAACAGAUAAUGUAAAAUAUUUCAUAUUUUUGAAGUAACAUGCCCAACUCAGAAGAAACCAUAUAC